AUGCUUUCGAGAAAACAUUUUCGCUCUGCUUUAUGGGUUUUUUGUUACCGCCAUCAUCGUUCACUGGUAACUCGAUCUCUUCCAAGCAAACAUCAUGGUGAUGAGGAUGAAUGGUCUUCCCAACCACCGCAGUACCCAGUCAUUCAAGAUUUGUCAUUUCGAGCUAAGAAAAACCGUGAGCUCAAAUUAUGGCACAACAAGAUUGCACGGCUCAGUACGGUCGAGGAGAAACUGUUCGAAAUCAACAUGCCCAAAUACUACGGGUACAAAUCGCACAUUUUAACGGACCAAAAGUUCCCUUACAAUACGAAACCAUUUAUACAGUACGCCACGAGAACUUCAUUUCAACAAGGACUGCCUCUGUAUUAUGAUCAAUUGAAACUAGAGGCAAAUCAAAUUCUUGAAUCUAUACAAACUCCACUAAAGGACGCAAUUUCUUUGCAACUUGCUGCAGUACGCAGCCACAGCGACGUUAACCCCAGCGUACAGCAAGAACUAGCAACAAAAAGUCUUAUACUACAACUCAACAGAACCAUUACAAAUGCUCUUGCAACUAAGUUCAACCAUUUACAGCAUACUGAAACUGAUUUUGAUCCCCGUCAUGAGGCAUUUUGGUUUCUCGGUGGUAUUUCUCCUCCGAAGCUGGUAAGCAAAAUUAAGCAAGGUGUAGCAUGGCAAAAGGAGUAUGCAAACGAUCCUUACGAUCGCAACAUUCAGUACUUGGGCAAUCCGUAUCUUGCCGUUCGACACCGGCAUCCGCUUGAACCAUUGCUUUCGAAGGACCUGGAAGCGUUCGAUGUACAGCCGGAUGAUGGCGGUAUGGCGGAUAUCGUACCGAACUACAGAUACGAUCCGCUUGCUUUGGGGUAUGGGACGGAUUUCCGUCACGCCACCACUGUGCCGGGCUUUUGGCCCGGAGAUGAACACGAGUUUGGCCUGUUAUCAUUUCAACGAAUGUGUACACCACGUAAAAUCCAUGCCACUACUACGGGAACGGAUAUGCUAAAUGCUGAAGCGGCUUCUUUACUUGAUUCACAAGGAAUUCUCAGCAGCUUUGCAUGGUUACUGGGCCAGGCUUGCUAUCAAGGCUUUUCUGUGUUCAACGAUAUCACUUACCCGCUGACCACGCAGACGGUGCUUACGGAUGGGAAAUAUUGGUCUUUCUAUGCAUAUCAGUUAAAUACUGUACUACUGCAUUCGGAUCAAGUAAACACGAACAAACGGUACAAUCUGUGCUGGGGAACGACCGCUAUGCCACUAUACGAAUCGAUUGAUGAAAAUGGCAACAUAUACGGCCUCAAUAAAGAGGUGCUUUCCCAGUUGGUUAUGUUUUACAUCAAUCAGCCUCGAGAACGACUCUCCGUUAAUCUCAAGCCACACCUUUGUUCCAAAGAAACAACAAUCGCCCAAAUCGAAGACGAAAAUCGACGAGUAUUUUUGCAACAGGCCUACCAACAUUUGGUUUCAAAUCGCCCACGCCACCGGCUGGUACCAGAAGUGUACCAAUGGGAAAAAAUUUACAAGAUUGAUCACAAGACUCGUCCCAUGGAUCCGAAGCGGCGGCCGUUUGAAUUCGGAGAUAAUGUAUACUCCCGUCGGAUGGAUGAACACGCGCUAAAGUACAUUCCUCGUGCUGUACGUCCGGGUGGUCCUAAAAGUAGACCCAAAUUUGAGGCUACAUAUUAUCCUACCGUUCGCAGACAAUAAGGAGAAAAGGACAGUAGUCUAUGUAACACACA